AUGAAAGGAGAAUGGGGCAUAUAUAUAGCUGUGUAUUUUUUGAGGCUUGUGAUGUCUGACUGUGACGAGAUUGAGAAUGUGUUGAAAAGUGGCAGUAACAUUAUUGUAACAAAGGCAGGAUGUCCCUACUGCAUAAAUGCAGUUGGUCUUUUGAAUGAUUGGAAGAUUAAGUUUCGUGAUUUUGAUGGAGCCAAGAAUAAGAGUCUUGACGAAGCGAUCAGGAAGAAAUACAGCUACACUACCUUUCCAAAGAUUUUCUUGAAUAAGAAGUUUAUUGGAGGAUUCGAUGAUCUGAGUAAGUAUGUGAAAACAAAGGAGUUUAUAGAUCUGUUUGGGCCUAAGAAAUAA